UAUGGUGUUCCGUAAACUUGAAACAAGAUAUAUAUAUUCCAUUGUAUUUGUGAAUUGUCGAAGUUAACUGUUUAAAUAUUCGUUACUCGUCUACAAUUGACACUGCGUUCUCUUCUUAGGAACACGACAAGAAAUUUUGAAGAAAGGAUUUUAUUUUAGAAGGGAAAAGUAGCGAAAAGAUGAGCAUGUGAGUGUUUUAAACUGUACUUGACUCUUGAGUAUCCAGCGGAAAUGCACAUUUAUUUCAUGUUACCAUGAAUUACUUAUAUAUAACAGAAACCUAUAGAAACUCUAAUUUGGUUUCUCCUAUACCCCCUGCUCAACAUAUUGUCAUCAACUGCAGAUAUUGUAAUUUAAUGGAACUCAGCGGAAACCUGCCUCAGACAGCACCACUUUACCUUGCGUUACUGAGCCGGUAACUUCAAAUUUAAGAUUUAUUUAAUGUUUGCCAGUCAUGAUUUUCCGCGUGUGGGUAACGUACUACACACUGCAGUAAGGGCUUCCGUCAUGGCUUAUUCAUUUCGGGGAGUUUAUUGGUCAGAAUGGGAGCUUGUUGGGGAAAGGGUUUAUAGCGAGGGGUUUACUGAAUAUUAGUUUUACUGAUAUGCAACUGCAAGAUAUGGAAUGGUAUAGUAAGAUAUUAAAAUUUUUAUAGUUGUUUAGGAUAUAAGUUGACUUAGUUGUUAGUGAUUUGCGUUGUUUUCUUUUUUGGGGAAUGGGGACCCAUUAUAAGCAACAAUUGCCAGGGGCCGGUUGUUCAAAUGUGGAUUAGCGCUAACCCAGGGUUAAAAUUUAACCCGCUGUUUUAGUUUACAUAUUUCUGCAUGACCAUUUAUUUCAAAAUGUCAAAAAAGAAAACUUCUAUUGAUCCAGACAUGAUUUGUGAAAAUUUCCAAAUUUAAAAACAAGCUGUUAGGAAGUGUACUUUGAAUUUUAAGUUAACCUAGGAUUAAACUAAUCGCCUUUUAAACAACCGGCCCCAGAAGUGCAUGAAAAUUGACCACGUAUUUUGCGUCUAUUUGACCCAGUCUUUUCACACGUGCGAAGAGCGCGGUCAAUCCGUCAACAUGAAGAUGUAUUGUCGAAAACCGGCUUAAAAUUUACAAAAAGAAGCUUUUUAACAGCGCUGAAAACUUUCUUUUAAUUUCAUUUAUUCAGGUAAAAUUUCCUAAUAGAUUUCCUUUUAGUUUUUUCUUAUUAAAACGGCAUGCUCGCUUUUUGAACUGGUCUUGCGAGAGAAUCGCGAGGCAUAUAAAUAUAUACGUGGGUUUAACCCACUGGUUUAACCCAGCCUUGUACUCAAGCUCUUUAGUAAUUAAUAGCGUUCUGAGCUCUGGGUGAGCUUUUAGGCGCGCGGAGAAUAGCUCACCCAGAGCUCUAUAAACGCUAUUAAUUACUAAAGAGCAUGGGUACGAGGCUGGUUUUAACCCCAAUAGCAAUGCAACCCCAGACGAUCCGAUGCAACACGAGCGGUCGGAUGUGCUCUUAGAAAUUAUAUAAAUAAUAAGCGGCGAGAGGUCUAGUUGGUUUGAAAAUGAUUCUGCCAAAGAGGAUCGAAGUAUAGCCAUUUAAAAUGUACGCCUUGCUUAAAGUCCAUAUCUUGCAUUUUCAAAAUGUUUUUAUUUUCGGUGUUUGUUUUUUAUUCCGUAUCUUAGAUUUUCAAAAUGUUUUCAUUUUUCGGUCAGUUGUUUUAUAUUUUAUCUUCUUAAAUUUUUGGCUGGUUUUGGCUUUUGAGAGGUCUCGCAUUUAUGUAAUUUUAGUUAUAUCAUAUGCAAAUUAACUGCUGGCUUGGUUUGUUUUGUUUUGGGCAAUGACAAUGUGUACAAGCGACGUAAACGAUUUGUUCUCAAUUUUUUUUUCAUGUUUUGCAGCCAGAUAACCUUGCCCAGUGGCAGUCAAGUGCAGAACGUCGAGGGCAGUAGUAUGUGCGGUGUACGAAGUUAUAAUUCGUGGAAGCAAUUUUAUAUAGGUGGUAAACGUGGUCACAACACGCGUCCAUGGCCAGCACAGUGUCGCAUCUAUGGUUGUAGCAAUGUGGCUACGCUUGGAGGCCACGUAUUCUGUGUCGGGGAAAAUGGGGUAUGGAUCAUACCCAUGUGUGGAACGCACAACAGCUCUGGUAAUGUGAAUCUGAUGACCGUCAAUGCAAACACCAUUGCAGUACAAGUUGAGGAGGAAAACACAAGUGGACCUUCCGGCCCUUGUUAUAGUAGUAGUAGUAGUAGUAGUAGUAGUAGUAGUAGUAGUAGUAGUAGUAGUAGUAGUAGUAGUAGUAGUAGUACAGCCUAGACCUAGGCCUUCUAUUUUUAUUUAUAUUUUUUUAAUAUUCAGCGCUUUUCACAUGAAAAGACUGGGACUAGGUGAUUUGGGGGCGCGGCGGAGGAAGGACACAAGCCUGACGCAAGCGAAAAAAUAGAAGGCCUAGUCACAGAAUGGCCUAGUGGAUUUCCCAACAACAAGGCCAAAACUGCCCUGAAACUGCCCUGAUUGCGAAAUGCCCAAUUGUUGCGUUCUCAAACAGAAUUAUUUGCAACUUAACAGCGAAUUUAAACCGAUACAGGUAAAAUAAACUCAUUUAUAGUAUAAACUUACUAUUUUUAUUUGUAUACACGUCUAGAAAAUCGGGGUUUUAUCAUAAAGUUUAAAGCAACACUAUUUAUAUAUGUUGACAAGGUGUAGCGAAACGGCACAAAAUAAUUUAUUCGCUAGACAAUCUACUGUUUUGCUUUGAAUAACUAUAUUUGCGAAUUGGGUAUGAGGAUUUUGAAAUUAUUGUUCAAAUAUUACGGAUAUACCAUUUGUAAACAAUGUACGUUUUUAUAUACAGUACUGUAUGGGCUAAUAAUAUAUGUAUCCGUUUUAUUUUGUAUAUUUUACAAACACAAGACUGCUUCUUGCCAAAAUUGAGAAAAUAUAUAUUAAUGUAGUUGUGUAUAAGACAAAAUUUCAUGAAAGAUUCUACUUUUGGUUUAUAUUUUGACUCAUUUUGUGCUUUCGCUACACCUUGUCAACAUAUAAUUAAAUAAUAGUGUUGCUUCGAACUUUAUGAUAAAAAACCCGAUUUUCUAGACGUGUAUACAAAUAAAAAUAGUAAGUUUAUACUAUAAAUGAGUUUAUUUUACCCGUAUCGGUUUAAAUUCGCCGUUAAGUUGCAAAUAUAAUUCUGUUCGAGAACGCAAUAAUUGGGCGAUUUCGCAACCAGGGCAGAUUCAGGGCAGUUUUGGCCUUGUUGUUGGGAAAUCCACUAGGCCUUCUAGGCUUGCUUCUUCCGCCCCGCCCCCAAAUCACCUAGUGCCAGUCUUUUCCUGUGAAAAAGCGCUAAAUAUUAAAAAAAUAUAAACUAGAGGGCACUCAGAGACUGCAUACCUCCGCCCGUUACUCGGAAGUGAAAGGCAACCUUGGAAUUUCCUAAGAAAUCCACUUUACAAUUCUUAAGCAUAAAAGAUUUCAGGCCCCCGC